AUGCCCCCCUUCACAGAGGGACUUUCCUCGCCCAUUUCACCACCUGCCACUUUGCCAACAGAGGUACAAGACAAAUGGGAUACCUCCCUAAUGCUGGUCGAAAGUAAGAGCGAGUUGACAUCCUCUUCACUGGAUCAGGUCCCUGCACCUCACACUCAGGUCACAAACACCCAGAGCCUUCCCACUUCCAGACCUAGUACUUCUGACACACCCAAGCCUCAAGAGUAUUAUGACAGGAAGUGUGCGAACAAGAAGCGAGCACAAGAUGCACUACCAGAGCAAGAGGUUUUGGAGCGCCGAAAACGCCACGCUGUCGCCAAGAAGGCGUGGAUGAAGAGGCAUCACCACAAGAAGUGCAUCAUGGCUGUUCUCGCAAGCCAACCUAGCGAGAUGGAGAGAAAAGUGAAUGAUGGCAAGGAAUGGAACCACGUCGUGGCAAGUGCCGCUACGGCUAUGGAGUGGGUGUUGUUUAUGGCCGUUCUGGUUGAUGUGGCAUCCAUGCCACAUGCGUGCCACCUUUGGAACUCAUUGAUUACUCGCCUCUACAGCUGGGAGCAGCCCUACAGCCACUCCCAGAGCGGUUGUUUCACCAGCUUAAAUAUCCGUGGUCUGAAGGCGAUUCUUUCCUCAGACUCUUACCCUCUGGACCACAGAGCUUGUGCCAGUCGCUUCGUUGUCACUGCACUCAACAGGGAAAGGCAGGGAAAGCAAUAG